AUGCACGAACGGGGCGCCCAAUGCGAGGCCGCGAAAAUCGCCGUGCCGUCGUCAAUCGAGGGAAGCUCACCGGAGAGCCGUUGCGUUGAGACCAAUGACAUCGAGUCCGCUUCGCCAGAGAUUCCGUGCCAGCGGGAACUUGAUUUCCGUGAGGAGGCUUCGGCGUUGAUCCGGCUGCUCCUCGCCUGGAUCAUCACAUCCGCUAUUCUUCUCGCCGUCAGGGACUUUUCGGUAGACCAUCUGGCAAACUGGGGGUACCGAUUGCCGACGUGCAAUCCAACGACAAAGCGGCGAAAACCGAAUCCCUAUCGCAGCGAGUUCCUGCCCCCUCCGGGAUCUUGCGAGGUCCAGAUCGCCCAACUGGUUGUCCUAGAGGUCUCGUUCUGGAUCAAUGCUUUCGGCAUUGUUUUCAGAACCUCGACAGGCAGAAAGCGCGCCGUCUGGGCAGCUGUAACGACGAUAGCUGCCGCGUUUCUGGUCAUGGCUGUCACCGCCGACCCGGUCUCGUCGCUCUUGUUGGCGAUGCCUGUUGUGUUUAGCGUUUUUGAGGCGUUCGUUUACGUCGUGGAUGUGGUCGUGUGGUCUGAAUAG